AUGCCGAAUCAGACUGUUAAGGUGAAUAGGGACACAAUUGCGGCAUGCAUGACAUGCCCUCUUUGCGAUAAGCUCUUCCGCGAUGCCACCACUAUUAUCGAAUGUCUACAUACGUUUUGCAGGAAAUGCAUAUAUGAGAAGCUUUCAGAUGAGGAAUUGGAAUGCUGUCCAAUAUGCAAUAUUGAUUUAGGAUGUGUUCCAGUUGAGAAGUUGAGGCCGGAUCAUAAUUUGCAAGAUGUAAGGACUAAGAUAUUCCCUUACAAGAGGAGAAAGGUGCAGGCACCUGAAGUGGUGACUCCAGUUACAUUACCGGCAAAGAGAAAGGAAAGAUCUCUCUCAUCAUUGGUGGUCGGUACUCCCAGGGUAUCGAUACAGAGUGGCAUGACUGGAAGAAGAUCAAAGUCUGUUGCAAGGAAAGCAUCCAGAGGUUCCAGUUUUACCAUAGAGAAACCUCUUAAGAAAGAUGAAGACUCCGUGGAAGACCAUCCUGAGAGCUCUAGCUCACCCGAGACUUUGAACAAAUUCUCUCAGAAUAACAGGAAGAACUCCCCUGCUGUCCAGCCAUCUAGCCACACUACACCAGAUAGUGGAAGAGAUUGUGGUUCUGUACCAUGGGAAGGGAAAGAAGCUCUACGAUCCCAAGACAAUGAAGCACAUGUCCGUAAAACCAAAAGUAAAGAACAUGGACAGAAAUCAAUACUUCAAGAUGGGAAGAACAGCGGUGACCGUUCCCCUCCAGAGUCAGUAAAACCUAAAAAAUUGCGCAAAAUCCGCCAGAAAAAGGCUCAGAGUUCUAGGGAAUUCAGGAUCUCACCCCAGGCUGUGCUUGAUGCUAUCAGUACUAAAGGUGAAAGAAGAAACAACCCAAUAUGGUUCUCAUUGGUGGCUGCGGACAACCAGGAUGGAGAUCCACCCUUGCCUCAGAUUUCUGCAAGUUACCUGAGAAUAAAGGAUGGGAGCAUACCUGUUUCUUUUAUCCAAAAAUACCUGAUGAGGAAAUUGGAUCUUACAAGCGAAGAUGAGGUUGAAAUUAAAUGCAUGGGCAAGUCUGUAGUUCCCACACUGCAACUCAAUAAUUUAGUUGAUUUGUGGCUUCAAACAACUUCUUCAGAGAAAGUGUCAGCCACAAUUGGUUCGUCAGCUUCGGAUUUCGUAAUGAUAUUGGCAUAUGCUCGCAGAGCCCCAGCCUCUUGA